GGCGCCGCCGCCCACGCUCCCUCCUGUCGUCCGACUCCGGCGGGCGAGCGCGCGAGCGGCAUGAGCGCGCGGCCGGGCCGGUGACCGCGGUGCCGAUGGACCGCCGCCUCGUCGCGGGGCGGGGGCCGCGGGGGCCGCCGGGCCGCCGGCGGCUCCCGCCCUUCCUGUCCUCGGCCGGCUGCCCGUCAGCGCCGCGCGGGGGUCCGGGGCGCGGGGCUGCGGCGGCCCUGGCGGCCCUGGGCGGCGCGUCACGUGCGUCCUCGCUGCUCCUCCUCCUGCUCGUGCCGCCCCCGCGCCUGGCCGCCGUCGCCCCGCGCAGGCCCCCCGCCGACCCCGAGCGCUCGCGCCUGGCGCCCCGCGCGCCCCCGGCGGGCCUCGCCCCGGGCGUCGCCUGGGCUGCCGGCGCCCUCCGCCUGUGUCGCCGCCGGGCGGCCGCCCUCGCUGCCCCCCGCAGAGAGCUAAGCCUUUCUGCUGGGAGCCUGCAGCUGGAGCACAGAAGAGAUUUGGAGCACAAGAAGAGAGAUUUCACAUCCUGCGGGAACAAGAAGCUCUACUUUGACACUCAUGCCUUAGUUUGUUUACUGGAAGAAAAUGGGUUCACCACUCAGCAAGCAGAAAUCACUGUCUCUGCAUUGGUCAAGAUCACGGAUGCCAACAUGGAUAUCGUCUACAAGGAUAUGGUCACCAAAAUGCAGCAGGAGGUCACUGUUCAGCAAAUAAUGUCUCAGAUUGCUAAUGUGAAAAAAGAUAUGAUUAUUUUGGAGAAGAGCGAAUUUUCAGCCCUCAGAGCAGAAAAUGAGAAGAUAAACGUGGAACUACAUCGAUUAAAACAACAAAUAAUGGAUGAAGUGAUCAAAGUCCGAACAGAUACCAAGUUAGACUUCAAUCUAGAAAAGAGCAGAGUGAAGGAAUUGUACUCGUUGAAUGAAAGGAAGCUGCUGGAAAUGAGGACAGAAAUGGUGGCAUUGCAUGCCCAGCAAGAUCGGGCUGUCACCCAGACAGACAGGAAGAUAGACACUGAGGUUGCUGGCCUCAAAACCAUGCUGGAGUCACACAAGCUUGAUAACAUUAAAUAUUUAGCAGGGUCUGUAUUCACGUGCCUAACAGUAGCUCUGGGAUUUUACCGCCUGUGGAUAUAAUAAAGUGUCUUUUUAAAGAGACCCCAAUUGUUUUGCCUUAAGAAUACCAGAUUGCUGUGCCGUUUCUCCCCACCCCCCACCAUUUCCACAUUUUAACCCUCGUUUUGAUUUAUUGUAUAUUAUCUAUUUUAUGCAGAUUAUGGACAUAUAACCAAGGAAAGAAUUCAUAAUGGUUCCUUUCAUCUUUUUUGUUUAGUUGCCUUUGUAACAAUGAGUGGUGGACAAAGCACGAAGACCCCACUCAGCUGGACCAGUGAACUUGCCCACAGUAAAUAUUAUGACUCUCUACAAUUUUAAAUCUUCUGUCACAUAGAGGAUUGAGGGGGGCGUCUCCACCUAAAAGGCACAGCUGGUUUCACUAAGUACUAAAGAAUCACCCAAACUAAACCAAGAGCACCGAACCCUCUACCUAGUAACCCCGUCCUUCCCCGCAGCCAGUCAAGUGUAGUAAUGAUUCACCUGUACUAUCCCCUAAAUGAAUUUUUUUCUUUGAA